CCUUUGAGUUCCAGCGCAUGCGCGAACACACCUGAGACAGGUAAAGCGGAAGCUUGUGACUCAUAUUUUUUUUUUAACUGAGAGUGAGGAAAUAGACGCACAUACUUUUUGAGAGAAAUUCAGUGAUGUAAAGGGCUGAGAUUGCACAAAGAGAACAUGAGUGCAUUUCCUGGAGCCACCACCCCCAAUGUUGGGCCGGAUUACUACGAGAGCUCAUCCACAUGGUCCAAAGAAAUCCUUGUGACUAAAGAUCCAGUGUUUGUGAACCGUACUGUCAUAAAUGGACACUACAUUGGAAGGAAACCCCACAAUUACCUCCCCUUGGCCAUCGUAGCCACCAUCUUAAACCCCCUCAUUGGUCCCAUUGCUAUUGUUUUUGCCAUAAUGUCGACACGUUCCUACUACGACGGAGACAUGAAAUACGCUGAGAAAUGGGCAGAUCACGCGUUUAUGAUCGCAAUGGCUACACUGGGCAUUACAAUUAUUCUUGCCGUGGCUAUCGGAUUUACGCUCAGUAACGUGGGAACCAAGGGAGGUCAUGCACCGUAGCAACACAGUAGAUCUGAAAAAGAGACAGCUUAUGUAUCCAUGGACACCGUUUUUUAGUCAGGAAUUCUUGUGAUUAUCAGUCUUUUAACUCUACAUGGAUAUAUUAAAAUUAUAUAAUUAAAACAGUUUUAUUGACUACUUCAGACAAUUCAUUUCUAGUGACACAAUUUCUGACAUUUUUUUAAUCCAUCAAUCAUAGAUUAUCACGGAAUAGCAUAUAUAUCUGUAUAUAGUGUUUCAGACUUCUUUGAAUUUAAGUUUUAUGUGCAAGGCUUCAUUUUCCAUUUUUAAACAUACUUGAAGCAGGGAUAUUCAAGGGACCAGUGCAAAGUGAUUUCAUCGUCAUACAACAUUGACCCCUUUAAUUUUAAAUUGAGAAAAUAUCUUAAGGGCCCAAAUUACUUCGGGUUUAUAUUGAACAUAAAAUUCAGUACUUGUUUUUACCCCAAAACUUUUAGAAAUUCUUACACAAGUAUAAAUAAUUAUUGUAUAAUAUCAUGUAUUUUGUAUAUCAACAUGUUUUUAUUACAUAUGAUAUAUCAUGGUUAUAAAUAAACCAAUGUAAACACCUCUACUGA